AUGCUUGGGUAGUUUCAUUCGAAAUAUGAAAUUGAUGAUUUAUUUAGAAAAAUUAUAGAGGAUAAGUAUGAACUAAUGUAAAGAACUAAAGCUGAUAAUCCUAAUUUACUCUUACCUAAAGAUUUUAGCAAAUUCAUUACUGAAAGAUUAUUUAUGGAUUUCUUACUUACAAUUUAUGAUUAUUGUGUAGAACUACACAAAUUAGAAAAAAAAUAAGCAAUUUUAGAUCAAUAAAGUAAAGAAAGAUCUGGAUUAGCUCCAAAAUUAUUAUCAUCUGAAACAGACAAAAUUAAUUGUAAAUUAAAAGAGAUUUCAGAAAUCUAUACUAAAAUAUUACUAAAAAAAGGAAGUUAUAAUAUCAUUAUCAAAGACUAAAAGUUCUUUGAGACAUUGAUUUAUUUUAUUACAUAAGUAAAAACAAUCACGAUUAAUUAGGUAUUAAAAGAAGUCUUUGAUAAAAGUGAUUAUAAAUAUAUUGAAGAAGAAAUCAAUAGGAUUUUUAGAACUAAUCCAUUCAAUUUAUUAAAGAGAAAACAUAUUAAUGAAAAAAUAGAACAAAGACAUUAUGGAGCAAGAGAUCUUAAAGGUGUUAAACAUGAUUUCAAUCCAGAUGAUGAUUUAUCAAAAAAUGAUUUAAUUUAAAGAAUUUUAACAAGAAAGGGAAUGCCAAAAGUAUAAAUAUCUAAUAUAAUAGAGCAUAGACAGAGAAAUGAUGGUUGAAAAAUCUAAUUUAAAACCUUUUUUUAUAAAAUCAACUCGAUGUGCUGCCAUAAAAGCUAGAUCUCCAUUAAUUGCAAUUAUGUUUCCAUCAGCUAAAGAGAGACUAUUUCAAAUGGAAAACGAAAGAAAAUAAAUGGCUACAAAAUAUACACAAAAAUAAAGAUUAGUUAAAGAUUAAGUGGAAAUGUGGAUUUAAGAUUUUGAAAAUAGACAAGCAAGAGUUAAAAGUGAACAUGAACAUACUCUAGAUAAAUCAAAAAUAAACAAAAAAGGAUCAUAAUCCUUUUAUUAAUGA